AUAACUAUCUAUAUCAGAAAUAAAAUAGUGUACCUAUAUAACGAAUUACAAAAACACUAUGCGGGAGACUGAAAGAUCUCAAAAUAAAACAGCAUUUAGAUGUCCCCAGAUUGUGUAAGUCAGUUUUUCCGAAUCUUCGAUGCUGUUUACAUCUAUUUCAGACCUACACAAAACAUUAUAAAAAAAGUAGAACACUCCAUACAUAUACAGGUAUAAGUGACAUUUCGGAUAUUUUUAAUCAGAAAAAAAUGGAUACAAUAAUUGGGGACGUCAUGCGAGACAAGAACAAACGCCCUGUGAGAAAUAAGCGAUAUAACAGAAAAACCUAUGGCGAAGAAAGAAGGCCUCCAAAAAGAUUAUUUACACCAGAAAUAAAAAGGUUUUUGAAAGAUUGGUUGGUGAGGCGAAGAGAAAAUCCUUAUCCUAACAGAGAUGAGAAAAAAAUGUUGGCUGUGCAAACUGGCUUAACUUAUAUACAGGUAUGUAAUUGGUUCGCGAAUUGGAGGAGAAAAUUAAAAAAUGCUGGUAAAGAACCUCACCACAAAACUUGGUCUUCCCUUAUAAAAACAUACAACAACCAGGUUCAAGGUAAUGUAGAACAUUUCAGCAUAUGUUCGGAAGAUAGUAUCUGGGAAGAAUCGGAUCACACCUCAAACAAUACCAAUGACAUCUUCGAAACCAAAAACAACUAUAAAACUGAAAAUCCCGAAUAUACAGAAAAAUAUUUCAAUAAUAAUAAUAACAUACAGAAUCAAUGUUAUUACAUUAGUUCGACAACUGAGAACGAUCCCGAGAAUCCUUUUUCUCAAAACGUUAAUAAAUAUAAGAAUCACAUAAUGGAAAAGUAUUUGAAAGACUGUCAAAAACCAUUUGACGAUAACGUUGACAAUCAACCAUCUAUGAUUUCAAAAUGGUUGGAAAGUGCAGCUAACUUCAAACCCAGUGAAAAUAGUUAUCUUAAUUGGACUUUUACUAAAAAUACCAAAAAACGUGUUAAAAGUAGUGAAAAUAAUUUAUUGAUACACGGAAGGGAAGAACUUGAUGCUGCCGAGGCUCUAACAUCUUUGGCUAAUUCAAAAUUUAAUAAAAAAAACUAGUUAAAUAGAGGGGGUUUUACAAAAAUUUAAAAAAAAUUUGAUUACUAUGUAAUUGAAAUUUCUUAGUUAUUAUCAUUCACCUACGGAAUCUCUUUGAGAUGAAUCAGACUAUAGUCAGUAUCUCUUUCGAUAUCGGUAAUUUUUCCGGUCUAAUUUCAAUUUAAGAUACAGUCGAUUCCAACGCUUCAUUCAUUUAUUUCAGCCAUUUUAUGCUUGCGAAACGUUAGAGUGGGUACUCAAUUAAAUGUCCUCGAUUUGACUUAUGGUAAACUUGAUUGAUGUCAAAACAUUUAACAUAAUUUGUUUAUCCUUCGAAAUUUAAAUUAUUAGAAUCGUAAUUUUUGUGUUAAGAAACAAUAACAAUUAUACGAGGGUGGUUCAAACAGCAGAAACCGGAAUUUUGGUAUAAAAAAUCGUGUUAUUGAGUCUCACACUAUACACACAUCUCCAGAAGCUUUCGGCUUGAGGGAUUCUUCCAUUGCUUUCGAAUCGCAGUCGCUCUUUCAAUGGACCAAAUAAAUAAUAGUCGCAUAGCGACAAAUCGGGACUAUAGGGAGGGCGUUCCGGUGUUUCUAAACCCAAUUCGUUCCAAAUUUCCACCGUAAACCGAGCUGUAUGCUGUUUGGAGUCGUCUUACAACAAUAUCGCGUCGUUUUGAUGUGUAUACAGGUUUUAUUGUGUUUUAUGGGAGAUUACUAAAAUACUACGCGUUCACAGGUAGUUGUUCAAUGAAAAAGUCAUCCGCACUUACUCCUUUUAUGUUCCUUUCCCGCUGACAAUCUAGCCUAUGCUUUAACUGGCCUUCGUUCUUCUUCUUAUACUCCAUAGACGCGGGUUCACUCUAUAGAAUAUAGUGGUGUACCCAAGUCUCGUAUGUGGGGAAUUUCUGCUCUUUCUUUUGAGGCAACCGAGCCGCUCAUGUAUUAUUUGCCGAAUACUAUAUAUGAUGAUGCUCAAUUCUUCAGGCAUAUCGCGUAGGUUUCACGGCGCUGACGUUAUAACCUUUCUGGGGCGCCGCGCAUGUGGUAAGUCUACCACACAGAACAUACCCUAAGAAAUGAAAACUGUAAGAAUGACAUAUUGAUAUUGACAGUAAUGACACAUUUUCAUUACACUAACAUCACGAUUAGAAGAUGGCAGAACUAAAUUUGUGUCGAGAAAUAUACAUACAAGUUAACCUUCUUUUAGGUAUAUUCUGUGAUUUGCCACCAUUGCACGGAUUUUACUUUAUCUUUGUCCAAAAAAUGAAUAAUGAUGCGUUGCGCGACAGACACCAGCACAUCCUUCACGCUUAAAGUUAUAACUUUUCUACGCUUUCUAACAGCCCCUAUCUAAUAACCAGUGCAGCCACUUCUACGACACUAAAUAUUUCACGUGUUUAUUCAAAAAUUCCGGUUUAUAUUUGAACCACCCUAGUACAUAUAAUAUUUUACAAAAAAUAUGAGUUUUAGUGAAAUAUUUAGAGUGUAUUUUUGAUAUUUAUACACGAAAACUUAUUGAGUAUACUUAUUUUUGUAUAAAGUGUGAUGUACAGGGACGUAGCUACCGCAUUAUCAAAUCUAUGGCUCCGACAUAUAUGUAAUACUCUUAAAUGGACAGUUGGUAUUGGAAAAAACGUCCCUACGUUACGGUGCUGGCAAUAUUCAUUUUCUCUCUCAUUCGAGACGUUUUAUCUAUACUGCGCAUGCUUCAUGCGCGCAAAAGAUGCGCAGAACUAACUGAAGCACUUGGAGGAGAGAGAUUUGUUUCAUUUAGUCGGAACACUUUCCACUUAUAAGAACUGUUCCUAUAGAAAUAUGGAUUGUAUGAAAAAAUUCAUAAAAUAUUACACAAUGUCACUCAAACUUAGUCAAUAUCAGUCGAUACGGAAGCAAAAAAAAAGCUUAUGAAGCUAAUUAAUUAGGGGUUGGACGGAGGGAGAAUUUUAUAUUGAUAUUACAAACACUGAACUGAACAACUGAAAUCGUCUUCUGCUUUGGAUGAUUUAUUUAUAAAUUUGCGAAAAAAUUUUUCCACUUAAUUGCUCCUAGGGGAAUUUAUUGUAUAAAAUACUCAAUGAAUGUUUUACUCUCCAUUUGGGUUUCUCUGCAGUUAGAUUUUAGACCAUCCCAAAAAAUUUUGAUACAGAUUGGCAAGCUACGCCCCUGGUGAUGUAUCUAUAGUUUUGUUUCAACAAUAAAUUUUCUACUUAAUAGGAAUCUAUGAUAUUAAUUUUUGCGUGUUUAAUUUUGUGACAUUCCCAUCUCUAUUAAAUGGACCGUAAAUUUAGUUUUAGACCUUUUUGACUAUUAUGGCUUUUUUAUAUACAUACUCACAAUAUUUUUGACUUACUUGUAUCUAAUUGAUUUACCUCACGUUAACAUACAUUAUUGUGAUUCCACAUUUUUACAUUUUGCUCAAGUGUUAAAAUUUCCACUGUGAUUUUGACUAACAUUUAUAGUUAUGGUAUGUGUUGAAUUAUAAUAACUUCAAUUUGUUACAUUUUAGAAUAUAGACUGAUUUUAAAAAUUGUUACUGCUUGUAUUUUGAUUUUUGACAAUAAAUACCUUCCCAAAC